AGCCGUUUGGCGGCGGGUUCGAUUCAAACGGCGGCUGAGGGGGCGCGCGGCCGCCAUGGAGGGGGAGCUCUCCCGCAUCCCCGUCUACACCGCGCUCCACCGCGCCGGCCCGCCCGCAGAAACGCAAAUGGCUUUUCCUUCAAAGAAGCAAUGCAUCAGCAAAACAGCAGAUCUAGAGUUCAACAAAGAUCCCAAUUUUAACUUUAGCUCAAACAUUCCAGCAGAUGGUGUCUUCAAAGCUACAAACCAAGGGUUGCCUAAAUCUGCCAAGAAAGUGGAACCGCCUUCAAAGAAGACAGCUACGAGAGGACCUCUUAAUAGAUACAAACUAGAAGCAGAGCUGAAGACCAAGAAUCAGCUGUUAGAAACAGCCAAACAGCAGCUACACUCCAGACUAACAGGAGCACAGGGCACUAUAAAGGAGUUAAAGGAGGAGAAUGAAGGCCUGGUACAAGAAGUUGAGAAGCUCAAGAAAUUUCAGGAGACUUGCAUGGUGAUUUUGGAAAGCAGAAACAUUGAUCCUGUUACAGGCAGCAACAUUUUGGAGGAGGAAGAAAAGACACAAGAGUGCCAGAAGCAAACAACGCUGUUAACUGAGAAGCUCAUAGAAGAAUUGAGGCUAUUUAGUCAAACAGCUGCGAAAGAAAAGGAGAUGCUUCAGACGGCGAUGGCUAAGUGGAAAUCGGCAGAAGAGGAGCAACGCCAGUCCAUGGAGAAGCAUUCCUCCUUUCAAGCAGAAAUUAAGGAAUGCUCAGCAAUACUUGAUGAGUUGGAGCUGCUCCUGGCUAUGUGAGGCACAAGGAUGGGACUGUACACUUUUUUUUUUGUUUUACUCCUAGCUCAGUGGUCUCUACUUUGCAAACCUAGUUCUUAUGUUGCGAUGAGCAGGUCGCUGCUCUCUGCAGGGCAGGAACGGGACGGGUGACUGGGGGAGAGCGGCGAUGGCUGGCUGCUCUUGUUGCUCGUCCCUGGCCUCGCCGCUCACCUCGCUCUGUUUCAGUCGGGCACCGUGUUGUAACUCUGGGUGGUUUUUAACCCAUUAAACGUACCGGGAGGACGCGGACACGCGCUGUUCUUUCCCCGCACCGCGCUG